CGACGCGCGCAUCGUACGAGCGUGCUACCGCUUUCUAUACGCGACACGCGUCGUCUCUAUCUUUCUCUCGAUAAAAGAAACCAGCGAGCAUAACGCGAGAAACGAUAACAUCUCGACCAACGUAACACGUCCGGCGUGUCAGUUUUCUUUUCCACCCCAUCAUCGCCGUUCGCCGACGACGAGACCGGGAACUACGUGGGACAGAGGGUGCACGCUUAGCAUCUUGGAACCGCAGAAAAUGCACAACACCUGCUGUCUAUCACGCGGACAACACUGAUGGUGUUGGGAGGACUAGGACGCAGGAUGUCGAGCGGCGACAAGGCUUCACCUAGCCUGACCAUCGAUCGCGCCGCUUUUCUGCUUCUGCGGGUGAAGAGGGCCUUCAGGAAGAAGAAGCAACAACGAAAGGAGAAAAACAUACCCACGGUAGAAUGCAAAUCGGAAGCCAGAGGUGCACGUGGUCCUGGGGGACGUCCCGCUCCGCUGCUACGCUCCAGGACUCUGCCUGCCAUAGUCGCGCCUGGGUUGAGUAUACUUCAGGCACAGAUCGAUGCUCGCUACAACGUGUCAACGGGCCUGUCCGUUCCAACCACCGCAGAGAGUGGAUCUUCUACGAAACGUGGCAGUACCGCUUCCCAUAGCACCAAGCUGCUCACGCCGAGGAUAUCCUUCACGGAUGAUACGAUAGAACGUCGCGUCUCGGACUCCGGGCCACCAAGCAAAGAAUCCUCGAAGGAACACUCGACAAGAAGCGGUAGACUGAGUACCUGCAGCAUAAGCGGUUCUCAACCUUUGACCAGACUAGCGAGGCUCUUGAACCAGAGGCCGAGCUUCACUCCCAGCGAUGAAAUUCCGCGAAGACUCUCCUGGGAAAGACGAGACUGCAGCUCUACCAGCUCGUGCCUACCGAGGAGCAGCUCGAUCGACAGUGUGGCAGAAUGGAGCGUGGCCGGAGGGGUAGGAACUGUGAGUGGCAGCAACACGGUGAACGCUGGCAGCAGCUACGGGCUUUUCGCCGAUCAGCAACCACCGAGGAGGAGUCCAAGCCCCUUGUUAGGCGCCAGAAGCGACAGACUCAGCCUCGUCUCGCCGAACAUUGGCAGGAGGGUGAAGGGUCAUCGGGCGGUGCUGGGCUAUCACAUCCAGUACGUGUCAUUAUAG